AUUCCAGCGAGUUUUUCUUCAAGCAAAAGCAACUAUUUAUUUUUAUUUUACAACAUUUCUUUUAGAAUUCACGAUGUCUGACGAGGAAGAGGAUUAUAUGUCUGAUGCGUUUCUCAAUAAAAUUCAAGAUGUGAAGCCAGGGGUGAGCAUGGUGAGGAGGGUAAAGGAAGCCAUCAAAAAGGAAGAAAAGAUUAAGGAGAAAAAUAUCCAAAACCGACAGAAGAGCUACAAGGAGCAGGAGAAGGAAAGCCGGGAAGCAGCUUUACAGAGCUCCAUCAGCAAUGAGAACAAGGGCUUUGCUCUUCUUCAAAAGAUGGGUUACAAAGCUGGUCAAGGCCUUGGAAAAGAGGGAGCAGGGAGGGUUGAUCCGAUUCCUCUAACCAUAAAAGCAGACAGAGGGGGUAUAGGUCUUGAGGAGCUUAAGAAAAGAAAAGCAGAGGAGGAGCUCCACCACUAUCGACAGAAAGUGAGAGCCAAGCAGCAGAAUGAGGCCAAGUCUUUGGAAGAUUUUAGGUCAAGAGUCAGAACAGAGAGAGAAGAACGAAAGAUUGAAGGAGAUUUGAGGAGGAGUCAGCAAUCUUGCGAGCAGCUUGACAGUCAGAAGGGAAUAACUGUUCCCAGAGAACCCUGGUAUUGGCCCAAAGUUGAUGAAGACAACGAGGAAGAUUCUGCUGAAGAAGAGGAUGAAGAGGAAGAAAUUACAGAACUUAAUUCUUUUGAUAAAUUGCAAAUCCUUACAUCCUACUUACGAGGAGUCCAUUUUUACUGCAUAUGGUGUGGAACCACUUAUAAUGAUGAAGAGGACCUCAGCUCUAAUUGUCCAGGAGAUACAGCAGCUGACCACGAAUGAUCUUAAUCAAAAAUGUUUAUUUAAAUACCUGCAUUGAAAGAAAAGUAUAUGUUGGGAUCCAGAGACCUUAGUUGAGCAAUUUGUCAAACAAUACUUCCCUAACAAUUUCAGUCAGCUUCAUUUAUCGUUUAAAUCUGUGUCUAUGGUCUAGUGUUUCAUUUUCUUUUUUAGACAUUUUAUGAACGGAUCCUUUUUUACCGUCAUGUAAAAUCUCCCGGUUAUAAUAAAACAUCUUUUUAAAAAUCUCA